CGACCGCGGCGCCGCGGACCGCGUAGGGCGCCGUACCGGAACCCGCCGUUGCUACGCGCUUCGGCUGGAGAAGCGGCGGCGGCGGCUUCGGUUCCGCCGGGCCGGGGCCGGCCAUGGCGUCGCUGGGGCUGAGCGAGAAGGAGCAAGCCGGCUGCCGUGAGCUGCUGGAGUUUCUGGAGACGGCGGAGCUGAUCGCGCUGACGGACACCGUCACCAACCGCCUGGUGCACCCGGAGAGCCGCCAAGAAGCCAUUCAUGCCGUCUUGGUUUAUAGCCAAAGUGUAGAAGAACUUUUGAAACGUAGAAAAGUUUACCGAGAAAUAAUUUUUAAGUAUUUGGCAGCACAAGGAAUUCCAGUGUCUCCUUCCUCUGACAAACACGUACUUAUUGAUCGUGUAAAGCAGUACUGGAGCGGGCAGCUCACAACAUGUGCCUCAGAGUCAAGGGAGAGAAAACCACACGCAGAGAGUCACGGAGAGAGACAAAAGUUACCAGACGAUGACAUUCAUGAUCUAGGAGAAGAAUUCUGUCAAUGGUUCUUUGAAAUCCUGAAUUCUCAACAUCCCUUGGGAGUAAAAUCUGAAGGAAGAUGGGGACCACAGCAUUUUUGGGAGGAUGCCAAAAUGAAGUUCUGUUACAACACAUUAGAAAAAAACAGGGAAGAAUAUGUUGGUGCGGAAAUGGUGAGCCUUCGUCUGCUCUCCUUGGUUAAAGAAGAAUGUCUUCUAUUCAACCCUAAUUUGCACGGCAAUGGACUGAAAUGUGCCAUGUCUCGGCAUGGGUUAGUGCUGGUAGCGGUGGCUGGCACGGUUCAUAGAGACAACGUUUGUUUGGGCAUCUUUGAACAAAUUUUCGGACUGAUUAGCUGUCCCAUUGUGGAGAAUACUUGGAAAAUAAAAGUUGUGAAUCUUAAAAUAGUUGGACAGAACGCUCUGGAGCCUGGGAUGCAAACUGAAAAACCUUCCAUAAAAUUUGAGGCAAACCAACUGCAAGAGUUGUAUGACGGGAAAGAACUGACUGUGUUUGAACCUUAGAAAUUCUCAGCAAUUUUUUCAUAACUGAGUGACUGGCUGAGGGAGGGAUGGUUGCAGCCAUGUGAUGAUGUCUCUUUUUUUUUGAGUCAGAUUUGCUGGAUGACAACUGAGAUACAGAGUCUAAAGUGACUGGUGGUGCAUACAGCAUCAGGUGAUAGUUUUUUGGGCACACAGGUGAUUUUGAGCACUUUUCCAAGAGCUAAGAAGUAUUUCAGAGUAUUACUUCAGAUUUUGUACUGUUAGGAGUAGAGUUACUUCAAUUGUUCUUGGUUACAAAACAUGGUUACGGUUAAAUAUGGGUUGGCAGCAGUAUGUAAUGAACUAGAAGACUUGGGAUUCAGAAUGUGUAAGUUGCUUCUCUUCAGGUCAACCAGUUUAAACUCUUAUCUGAGUUGUGACAGGAAGUCAUUGCAUCUGGCUUUUGGAAAUUGGGAGUGCUGAGCGUCCAAACGGGCAUCUAUGUCCCCAGAAAGCCAUCUGCUGCUUUAGGUGUUUUUGGAGAGAACAGACAAAAUAAUGUGAAUGGAGACUGCUGCCAUGGGUGUUCUAAAUGUGGUUCCAUCACCGAACAGUAGAAACAGAUCAAUGGGACAAUGCAGGGAACUUAACGUUGUUCAUGUUUUGGGGUUUUUUUCCUCCUUUUGGUCAAUAGUUUCCUUUCCUUUUACCUUAUGGCUCAAAAUUCGUAAUGAAUACAGAGAAACUCGCUGUUCUAUGUCCUGAGCAGACAAAUUAAAGGUGGUUGCCCAGGCAUCCAUUUCUAGCACUGGCUCUCUGUGAGCAAGUAGUUGAUUUCAUGACUUGCAGCAGCAGUGUACGAACCAAAUGCUUUGAUAAUUAUUUUGUAUAUGCUUACAACUUGUAAGUACUGUAUUACAGUAGGUACUGUCUUACAGUAGUGGGUUUUGUAUGUUUUCUAAAAAUAAGAAUUUUACCUCUCUGAGCUGCUUUAUUACACUGACUAGAAGUCAGUUUGUUAACACUGGGCAGGAGCAACCACAGGUGAUAUUUAAUAAGUAAUGUGAUUACUAAUUAGUAACUGAAAUUAUUGCCCUUGUAGAACUUGCAUUCUUUUUACUUUUUUAAAUUUAAUUUAUAAAGGAGUAGAGGUGAAACGAGAUGAAAACUUUUUCUGCAGCUUGCUUGGAUUGUUUGUGAGUUUUGUUUUAAUUUUGUGGCUUCACCAAUACAAUCUGUGAAAAUGGAAACAUUCCCUGCAACAUAUCAAAACCAAAAGAACUGUUCCCAUGUUUGCCAAAGAUGACAAAUGGUAAAAGUAUGGGUGGGUGAGGGGAAACAAAAAGAUUCGGGUAUGGACAGAACUGAUUUUUAUUAAGAGUCUGAAUUUUGAGUUCUCUUCAAAAGUUGUUGGAAUAAUUUAUUUUCUAAGCAAAAGUUCAAAUACUGUGUUGGAAUGUUCUUUCCCAAUAAACAGUUGAGUUGUUCCUUCUUCAGCUGCUGGUGUGUAAUGAACAAAAAUGAACAAAAAUGAACCUGAAUUUAAAAAUUAGAAGAAGUAGUUUCCCCAUGCCGCUGAGAAUUGCAUUGCUUUUCAGGUGAGGACAAAAGCCGACCUAACGGCCUUAAAUGGGUGCCUUUUCAACAUUCAGAGGGGCAGUCUGUAAGUCAACUAAAUAUUUUGUCCUGUGCAGAACUGUACUUUGUAACUAGCAGUGUAGCCGUUACUUCAGUCACUGUGUUAAAUAUGAACCUGGCUGAGGGUGUAGUUUUCAUUACUGCUUUAAGGUGAUGCGCUGUGGGUGGUCCCCUUCCUCAGCUCGGGUGGUGUCCCUGCCGUGUCUGCGUCCGCAUUGGUGCUUGUGCUGACUCUUAGCUAGCGGGAGCGCAGGCUGAUCCCAGUGAAAACUCACUCAUUCUCCAGACCCUUCAGGCUGAUCAGCUCUGUAAGAAGGCUGGACGCACAAAUGCUUGAGGACGCAUCAGCUUGAGGAGCAGAAGUGAGACUUUGCUUUUUUUGGUGAUAACCUGAAUUUCUGUGGGAUUAAGAAAGUGAUCAAGUAGCAGUCUUUGUUAAUUCUAACAUUCUAAAUGUUUAUGCUUGAUAACCUCAAAAUACUGAAUAAAAUGAGCGUUGUUGUAAA